CAUAAAAUUUUUAAAAAAGGUUUUUAAAACAUCCGUUAAAAGUUUUUUUAGUACAGACAUUGUUGUUACAUUUAAGAUCACAAAAAUUGUGGAUGGAUUAUGAAUAUGUAAUAGCUUUCUAAGAGUGUUUCGUUACUUCUGAAUAGAAAAAGCGUCUUUUUGCUGGAGCAUAUUUUUAUCCCAUAUGGGCCAUAUCUCUGUUUUGCAGUGGAAUUUGCACCUACUGACGUUUAUCGACUAUCGCGUCAUGAAUCUCUUCUGUUUUUCUCUGCAGGUGUUUGAAACCGACAUGUUAUAGCGCAACAAAUAUGUGAUGAUUUUGCAUGCAAUGUUGGUUCCAAAAUGGCCAGAGAGCAGCAGACUGCUUCGCUCCUUCGCUUCCGAAGAAUUAUUUACCACAUACGGAGGAUGCGAACGUAUCCAAUUCCGAUUGUUGUGGCUGUCUGCUGUACGGGGUUUUUGGUCUUGUUCUUCAUCCUAACUGUUCUGCUGUACUUCCUGCUUCCUUUACCGCUUCCCCAACACCAUCGUUUGGCCGUAAUUGUGCCGUUUCGGGAUCGUUUUGAUGAGCUCUUACAGUUUGUGCCGCAUAUGACUGCAUUUCUCCGAGCUCAGCGGAUACGCUUUGACAUUUUUGUGAUCAAUCAAGUAGACGAAUACAGGUUUAACCGGGCGUCUUUGAUUAACGUGGGAUUUCUGUACACGAAAGACACGCAUGAUUAUGUCGUUAUGCACGAUGUGGAUUUAUUACCCGAUAAUCGGGAUCUCCGCUACGAUUUCCCCGCGCUUGACACCGUGAUGCAUAUCGCCUCUCCGGAGCUGCAUCCUCGCUAUCAUUACAAGAAGUUUAUAGGCGGGAUUUUGAUAAUAUCCACGUCGGAUUUCCAGCGUGUCAAAGGGAUGUCGAACAAUUACUGGGGAUGGGGGAUGGAGGAUGAUGAAUUUUAUGUCAGAUUGAACGAAUCGAAAAUUCAGAUUAACAGACCAGUUGGUAUCACAUCCGGAUAUCGAACAUUUUUACACAUCCACGACGCCAGACAGCGCAAGCGUGAUGUGGAACGAUUACCAGGCCAGCGCGAUGCCAUGCGGAAAAGAGACAGAGAAGGUGGUGUCCAUAAUGUUGGCUUUUUAAUUCAAAAUCGCUAUGAUCUCAUUAUCAAUGGUUCCAGUUGCACAAUUGUGAAUGUCAAACUGCAUUGUGAUCUCAUUAAAACGCCUUGGUGCGUUCUUCCUAACGUAACUGCAUCUUCGAAAGCCUAGUGAUUUUUUGGUUUUACAUUUGUUUUAUUUUGUGGUCUUUAAAUUCCCUUCACAACGCUGUGAUUUAUGACAAUCAAAAUCACUACUCGGUAUGACAAGGAAUAAGCAUGUU